ACCGUGACUCCCCCCCCCCCCCCCCCCUUCCCUCGUAGAACUAGAAUAUCCGUACUCAGCACUGUAGACACUCAUACAAACGUCGCAAGAAAGACGAACGCUCUCCUAGAUACAGAAAUACCAUACUAUCGGAUUACAGGGGAAUCCGAAUGCAUAAAUCCCUCGUUCGCGACGGUCUUGACGGACCACCGGGCCGCAAGUGUCCUUCCUUUUUUGCAUGCCACCAGGUCCAGCGUACAACUGGCUCUGCGUUCUUUCGUCUGCUGUUGAUAUCCUCGGCCAUGCGGCACGUAUAAGGGCUUCGCAGAUUGCUGGACAGCGUUCAGUGCUUGCUGCAAGGACGAAAAGUCGUGACGCGCCGGCGCCGGAGGAAAGGAAAAUCACAAUCGAGGAGAAUGUACGGCCGCUGGAAGGUGAACGACCGGAGGUAUUUCCAGCGGCGUCGGCUGCAGCCUUCAUUCCUCAGGAAUUCUCAGCAGAUGUGAAGAGUGUGGAAGAGAUACCACCUAUAAAUGAAGCGAUACCAAACCACAACGAAGACCCAGUGGUAGAGCCAAUUUCCUACGAGACCGUGUCCUCGACGCAGUCAAAUUAUGCAGAAGAAAUGGUACAAGCACAUCCAGUCCUCCCGACGCGUAACCUAUCUUCGUCCAAAGUCCCGUCAUCACGUAUUGGACGACUCUUCCACUACGGAGGGCUCGCUGCCUCUCUUAGCUAUGGUGCUGCCUCAGAAUUGCUCCGUCGAACAGGCGACAGUCAGAACUCUGAAGGCUCUGUCAUGAUGACCGAAGCCAACAUAAAGCGGCUCGUCUCCAAGCUCUCGCAGAUGCGCGGAGCAGCGCUCAAGUUGGGCCAAUUUCUUAGCAUACAAGACACCCACCUCCUUCCCCCGGAAGUGGAUAAAAUAUUCCGGAGAGUGCAGGAUAGCGCGCAUUAUAUGCCGGAUUGGCAAAUGGAGAAAGUGCUGCAAAAAUCUCUCGGGGCAGACUGGGCUUCGCAUUUCGACUCUUUUGACCGCAUCCCAUUCGCAGCAGCGUCGAUAGGUCAAGUACACAGCGCCGUUCUCACAGCAUCCGCUUCGCCCACGGGCGAGCCGUACCAAGUAGCAGUCAAAGUCCAGUUCCCCAAUAUCGCCGACUCGAUAGACAGUGAUCUGGGCUAUAUCAAGCUCUUGCUAACCGCGGGCAAGUUUCUGCCGAAGGGACUCUUUCUGGACAAGACCGUUUCUGUUAUGAAACAGGAACUAGCAGACGAAUGCGAUUACUCCCGGGAGGCUUCAUUCCUGCGUACUUUUGGAUCACCAGAGUACCUUGGGAAUGAUCCGCGUUUCAGGAUUCCUUGGGUAUGGGAGGGAAGUACUGACCGUGUUCUUGUAAUGGAACGGAUUGACGGGAUCAGCGUCGGAGAGGCAGACGUCAAGGCCUUGUCCCAGCCAGACCGUGAUACCAUUGCAGCUUGCGUGAUUGAACUGUGUCUGAAAGAGCUCUUCGAGUUCCGGAUGAUGCAGACUGAUCCCAACUGGACGAACUUCCUGUGGGAUGCGCGUACGAGGCGGAUGGGGCUGGUAGAUUUCGGUGCUACGCGGACGUAUUCUAAAGAGUUCAUGGACGGGUGGCUGAGGUUGCUCCAGGCAGCUGCUUCUGACGACUGGGAUGCUUGUGUUGAAUGGAGUUUGAAGGUAGGAUAUCUCACUGGCCAGGAAAAUCAGAUAAUGCUAGAUGCACAUGUGAAAUCCAUGACACUCCUUGCCGCGCCGUUUAAAACGUCGACUCCUCAGCCGUACACAUUCGGUCGAGACACGGACUGGGCAAACAUCACGGCUCAGAUACGGGAUAAUAUCCCGGUCAUGUUGGAGCACAGGCUUACACCUCCGCCGCAAGAGACGUACAGUUUGAAUAGAAAGCUCAGUGGUGCUUUUCUCCUCGCUUCGAGGCUCGAGGCGACAGUCAACACGAAGGAUAUUUGGGACCGUCUCGUGGGUCAAUAUACGUUUAGUUAGCUAGAGAAUUAGAAUAAAAAUGCCAACUGAACUUGAAUUUUC